AUGGGCCCCAAAGCCCCGGCCGGCGGCCCAAACGCUCCGCCAUCCAACAAGCGCAGCAUCGCCUCCCACCCGACCAACGCCCGCAACGAUGUCAUGCGCCAGAAGCGAGCCAAGCUUCACGCCGCGCGCAAUAUCCCCGUCCAGCAAGCCGACGCCGCGCUCAAGGAUGGCCAGCUGGACCUCCAGGCCUUCGUCGCCGCCCACGAGUUCGAGAUCGAGUCGCUCGAGCAGAGCAUGGCCACCUCAAAGGCCGUCGGUUCCAGCCGCGCCUUUCAAAAGGUGCCCCGCGGACUGCGCCGGCGAACCGCGAGCCAUAACCCUAAGAGGGUCCCGCGCCGGCUGAAGGCACGCGCGAGGCGAGAGAUGGUAGAAGACAACACCCCCCUGGUCGAGGCACGGAGGAGAAAACCGACCACCACGAGGGCGCGCAUACGAGCCGAGACAGCCAAGAAGCUGCGUGUUCUCGCCGCCCGAAAGAAGAAGAGGCAGGCCGAGGCUUCCCAGCGCGACGGCAAGCAGGUCGAGGUCCAGGGCGUCGUCGGCAGGAAGCCGAGGCCCAAGAUCCGGAGGAACCAACUCAACGAGCCGCCACAGCCCGCCGCCAAGUUCCGAAAGCGCCAGAUCAACAAGACCUGGCUUCCCACGCACACUUGGCACGCCAAGAGGGCGCGCAUGACUGACCCCCAAGAACCCCUCUGGCGCUUCGCAAUUCCCUUGACGCCAAACGAAAAAAUCUACCGGCCGACCCAUCGCGCCCAGGGUGAGAGGGGCACCAUGAUUUGGGACAUGAGCUACGUGAGCACCAUUGGCGUGUACGGGUCUCCUGACGGCCUGGAGAAGGUAUUGAAGAGGGUCGGAAUAUCUCAGCCCUCGUCAUGGGGUGACUCUCUUUGGGGUGAAAAGGGGAGGAGAUGGAGGUCGGGCACCAGAGUCUGGUCGGGCAUGUUGAGCAGGGAGAGCGGCCGCCAUCAACGUCUGAUGUGUCCGGCCACCGUCUUGUGGAACCCUGACAAGCCGGGUCGCCACGACCACGAGAGGGACAAGAUCGUGCUGAGACAGGUGUACCUGAGGGUGCACCCAUCGGCCUUUCUCGAAGUCUUCAACGAGCUGCUCCGGCUGACCAAGAUGACCAGACCACGAGUGUACAUUGAGGACCUGCGUUUCGAGGUUGGCAGCAUCGAACUCACGGGCCCGGCGUCGACGGAAGCGCUCCUUGCCGUCCUGACGCCAUACGUCACAAAAGACUCACCCAGGUCGAGCCACGCAGCCCUCUUCGAGUCUUUGGAAGGCUUGACAAAUCCGGCGACCCUUCCGGCGAAUGCCGUCUUGAGUUUCUCCGUCCAGGAUCCCCGUUUGCGACAUCCGCCGCGCAAGAGGGGAUUUCCGGCGGGCGUCGAGGCCCAGAUGGCUCUUCUGAGCACCAUGGCCAGGUGGCCAGCAGAGGAGGGCCGGGAGCCGUCCCUUUUGUUUGAUCGCGACGCCCGUCACUGCGCCUCGUGUCUGCCGUCGCAAAAGUCCAUCAACAGGAGGAGGGGAAACACGGCCGCAGGCUCGUUCCUAGCGCCUACCAAGGCCGAUCCUCCUAUUCCCGUCAUCCUGAUUGCGUCGCGCUCGGCGUCCGGGAUGCAGACCCAAGGAACGUGGACGCUGCUCGCCCCCUGGAAGUGCAUCCUGCCCGUCUGGUACAGCCUGGUGCAUGUGCCUCUUGUUUCCGGCCUCAACCCCCGCUUCGGCGGCAUGAACGAGGCCAGGCAAGUUGCCUUUGAGCGAGGGCUGCCAUGGUUCCCGGGGGACCACCCAGCGACGGACGCCGGCGCAGAGUGGGAGCUGGAGCAGAGGCGCAAGAGGAGGCAGGAGUGGGAGCGGCGGCCCAAGAGCAAGAGGACCGAGUGGGCGGCCCUCGACCUGGGCGCUGGGAGAAAGGGGGAGGUGGGCGACGGACAUGCAUGCGACUUUGAGCUGCUCUUUGGUCUGCCCACGUCGCGGCAAGACGAGACUCCGGAGGAGGAAACAGACUCAAGGCCCGAGAUCGCAGAGAAUGGCCCCACGGACACGGGGCAGGGAGCCAAGAAGAGCCACGAACCGGCCAAGAAGGGCACCGACACGCCCUCACUGAAGAAGUUGAGCCUCGUCACAAGAACCGAGUUUGAUAGCAUCGUCGCUUUGGUGCGGAUCUCCCUCCUGAGCCGCGGCGUUGUCAGGCCGUGCGCCCGAAUCUACAGGCUCCCCUCGCCGCCGCCGCCCUGUGCGACCUCGCCCGACGCCGAGGUUCCCGCCACUAUGCCGCCGCCGCGGAUGCGGGAGCAGCAAAAGGAGCAGCAACCGGUGCAGGCGGCGAAUGGCACGUCCUGUCUUCCCCACGACCUCCGCGCCCAGUGGCUCGUGCGCAUCCCGCCCACCACCGCGCCGCGCCCGGCCGACGGGCAGGCCAGGGGCUCCCCCGCCAGACCCGCGGGCGACGUGGAGGCCCGCAAGCGCCUCCUCGCGCGGGAGCUCGUCGCCGCGCCGCCCCCCGCGCCCAACCUGCUCGACGUCGGCGGCGGCGGCCACCACGCGCUCGUGCCCGACGCCGCGGACCUCGUCGGCUUCGUCUCGUCGGGCUCCUUCUGCCUCGCCGACGGCCGCGCCGCCGCCAUUGGCUGCGUCGCGGUCGGCACGCCUCGCCGCCCCGGGGGGGGGGUCCUGGCCGACGUCAGGGCCGACGCCCGGGCCGGGCGGCUGUGCGUGGUGCGCAACGCCGGCGAGAACGUCGGUUGGCUUGCGCGCUGGGAGGCUGUUUGA